AAAAGUACGGGGCUAAAAAGUAUCAGAAAAGCUUUCUUUGCACUCGUAAACAAAAUAAAGUUUGGUAGGCAGACUUUCUACAGAAUUGCCACACAUUGUACAAGUAUGUGACCCUUCUCUGAACAACGUGAAGUCGAGUUCGGCCUCCCUGGAGAAGAGAUUUACUUAAGACAUGAGCAUCAAGCCACAGGACCUCAGGGUGUAAGAGGCGAUCACCAUGGCAACGCAGUUUAGUAUCGAUGAUGCCUUUGUAUUGGAGGGAGACGAUGAGGGAGCUGUGUCCGACGGAGAGCCAGAAGGAUGGAAGAGCAGAGACAAGGACAGAGAAGGAGCGGAGAUGACAUUUGGUCCUCUAACUUUCUCCAAACCUCAGACUCAUCCCUCGCCUGCUGCUGCUGCUGGCUCACUUGAACACAGCAACCUGAAGUAUCAGAAUCUGGAAAAUGAAGACGCCUUGGGCAGCAACGGCAAUUCCUCUUUCAAUAACUUCUUCAAAAUCAGCGACCCUGCGACUCUGUCUUACUGCAGCUCCCAGUGGUCCUUCAGCACCUUGAGUUCUGUCACACAGCUUUCUGCACACUGCUGCGGGUGGGUGUCCCAUCCGCUGGUGAAGAAAAACAAAAGAGUUGUUCUUGCUUCAUUCCUUCUCCUCAUCACUGGAGUUGCUCUUAUUUUCACAGGUGUUGUAAUACAGCUGAAUCCAAAUGCAGGUGUUUCAAGUGCUAUCUUCUUUGUACCUGGAUUUCUUCUCUUCAUCCCUGGAGUGUACCAUGUGAUAUACAUCUGCUGUGCUGUCCGUGGGAGAAGAGGCUUCAAAUUGUUCUACCUACCUUAUUUUGAAAAAUGACAUUUUGUGAGACACUAUGAUUUCACUACAUUUUUUGUUUGUUGUUUUAAAAUGAUUUGUAUUCUGUCACUUGUAACAGAAAAUGUAUUGUCACAUGGUUGUUUUUUCUUGUCAUUGUAAUGACCACUACUAAUUCAACCACUCAGUGCCUUGACUGUGUUUCCACUACAUGAACUGAAAUUGCUGUAUGUGUACACGAAAAAGAAGGAGCUUGGUCUUGCCUGUGUUUUCAAUGUCGUGUGAAUAAUGACUGUGAAAUUACAAUAAAACUUUUGUAUGUCUUAA